AUGUCAAAAAUCAGUAUAGAAAAUCUUCAGAUUGGAUUUGCUAUGGAAGAACUUGUCAAUGCUCGAGUUUUGUCACGUACUUCAUUCAAUGAACAAACGAAUGUUCUCGUAGAAAAAUUUUAUGCUGCUAUGAAUAUGCAAUUGACACCAAAAUUUGGCAGUGAAAUUCUUAUGAGAAUCAUCAGUACGAAUCGUAUUUACUCUGCUCUUCAUACGAAUGGAUUCCAAACAAGUAUGCCAGGAUCUGAUGAGUACAACAUCGUUCCCAAUUUUUACCCACUACAUGACAAUAUCACCUUUGAUAGUAAUUCAACAAAAGACUUUGGCUACUGUGACAAGAGUAGUACGAUUAUGUAUAAAGCAGGUAUUUACUCAUGGGGUGCCGAGUCACGAUCCAUAAUACGCCGGAUGACUCCUCAGCCACCACCGAUCUUUGUCAUUCCUGGAAUGCGAGUCGCCUGUAUGCCAUAUACUGCCUUAGUAGCGGCAACACUCGAAUGUUUUUUCGAUCCUGUAUGUUUGAAUGCCACAGCACAGCAAAUAUCGAUUCUUCCACCAACUAUCUGGCCUGAAGCACUGAAUAGUUCAAUUCCAUCACGAUUCUCAAGAACCAGUUCAAUUUCUUCUCUUUUAGAAGCACAAAUGGUUGAAACAUGGGAGACUCAAAUUAGUUUUUCUAAUUAUUACAAUGCUUGUUCACCAACUGAAUGUACUUAUACACGUACAAAUCGUGGUAAUGUUAUCUAUGUAAUCACGACACUACUGGGGCUAUUCGGUGGUUUGCUCGUAGCUCUACGUAUUAUAUCACCACUGAGUAUUCAAUUUUUACGUUACAUACAAGAGAAUUAUUUAAAAACCAAACGAAGAAUUCCUGUGCAACAACCAAAACUAGGUAUUCGAAUCAGAAUUCGCUAG